AUUUGCAUGCAAAAGAUGGAGAAAUGAUAACACUUCAGAGUAGUCCUGGGAGAACACGACCAGUGUCUGCAGGGCAAAUUUCUAUUGAUGAUUGGAUUGGAAAUGAAUGGCAGGAACACCGAUAUAAACAGUUACAAGACAACGAUAUUUCACUUCUGAGUAAAGCUAUUCAUCCAGAAUGUUUCAACAGUGUAGCAAUCCAUUUCAACUUGAAUCAGAUGGAUGUUGAGGAGAUACAGACAGGACAACAAACAGACUUGUGCUGUCAAAUGCUGUAUAAAUGGAAAAUUAAGAAUGGUGAGGAAGCAACUCUAGGGAAAUUAAUUCAAAAUUUGUUCUCAUCCUGGAUUUCUGAAAAUAAAAGUGUUGAAAAGGAAGAAUUGAAAUCUGCCAUUUCACAAGUGGUCAGUAAUGAGGAGGCAGCUUCUUAAUAGCACAGAUAAUCACAACAAUUUGACACUCUUAAGGUUACCAUAGUGCUUUCAUUUAUAGACAGUAUAUUUGAUUUUCUUUAAACUUGUGUGUAUAAUUCCAAAUAUGUUUUUAUGUCUCAUGAAUAUACCAGUUGAAACAAUAUGCAUUAGGCUUCUCUGUAGUAUUUUUGGCAUGUAAAAGAAAUAUUUUACAUUUCUGUUGAAUUCCAUUAUCCUAUCAACAAGUAAAUUGUUCUUUUUGUCUUCAUUUACUUUAGACAUUUUUGAGGGGGUAAAUGGCAGUAGAAUAUUCAGCUAGAAUUCCUGCAAUAUAGGUAAAUCUAGUUGAUUUUAGAGGCCUGACACAUUAUUGGCAAAUUAAACAUAAAAAUAAAACAGGGCAUGUUAUAUUUCUUAAUAAGUGCAAAAACUUAUGCAACUAUGUUUUCUUCUGCAGAAUGCACUAUAUGAGAGGGGAAAUCAAAUGCCAAGCCCCCCCCUUUUUUAUGGCCCUAAAUAUAUUGUUAAUUCCAACCAUCUUUUUUUAAAAUCCAUUAUCUGUUGAUAUUUGGUAUAAAAUUUAACAUUAUAUAAAUAACACAUAGCUGAGAGGGUGAUAGAGCAGAUUGGUUCCCCGAGAAAACAUUGUCAACUGUGGCGAAGCCAAGGUUGACAAUGCCUUUUCGAGGGGUUCCAAUCUGCUCUAUCACCCUCUCAGCUAUAUGUUAUUUAAUUUAUUAUACUGAAUGUCCUAUGAUCAUUAUUAGCAUUUACAGACUACUUUUAUUUUAAAAGUAUUUUCUAUGACGUCACGUUCAUAACACAUUACGGGCAUUAGAAAAAAACAACGUCAAGCAAGAUGUUAAUUUAUUUAUUUUAACAGUCAAUAAUAAAAUCUGAGCCAAAACCUAGAACUUGAGCAUUGUAUUUAAUUCCUUGAUUUAAAUUCAAUUCAUUGUUCUUUGAAUUAUCAAUUUCUGAUUGGUCUAGACGAGAAGGUAACAUUAAGAAAAAUUGUCACCCACUCAGCCAUGUGAUAGAGUAAAUUGACACCCUCGUCUUAGCCAAUCAAAAUAUGGCAUUUUAACGUGAAGUAUAAUAAUAUACAAUUUGUUCUCUUGUACAAAUGAGCAUACAGGAGGGUACUUCUUCA